UCGAUAUCUGCUACGUUGUGGUAUUUUUAUCCCAGCGUCGUUGUUUGCAAAAAUCAUUCCUAUUUGUCGCCUGACGGAGAUGGCCAAAAUCACGUUAGCCGUGGUAGUCUACAGUUUUGUUUUGGUGCUUGGGAUUUAUGCAGAUGAGUAUGCAUAUUCCGGACCCGACGAUCAUGCACAAGUCGUACACAAACCAAAAGGUUGCAUACAUCUGCCUGGGUAUAUGGAUUCGUCGGAUGCAGGAAAAGAAUGGGCGGAGAAUCGUCAGUACACAAUGAAAUGCGAAGACGGAAUAAGAUCAUUUGUAGCAACAUGUAGAAACCGAGCUUGGGUUUUUGAUCAAAACUAUUGUAAAGGACCUCUACCGUCAGGUGGACUAUUUUCAAAACUAUUUGGGCCAAAGCAAAUUGGAUACGAUAGACCUCCACCACGUCCACACCACCAACCCGAUGUUAAACCAGUUGAUCUUGGUUACCAUAACGGCGAUAAAAUAUCGACAGGGUCACCGGUACUCGAUGGUCUCGUAGACUCAUUGCAAAACCUGUUCAAGCCCUUCACAGCAACAAAAGAUUCUCAACAGAUUGAUGUGGAACACGACCUUUAUGGUGGAUUCAACAAUGCAUUUAACAAUAUGUUCAAUUUUGGCGGGGAUCAGAGAGAUGAUUACACGGCAUGUUCAUAUGACUCAAAUCAUAUCAAACCACAAGACAGUGGAAGGACAUACGGACAUGGGUAUAACUACAAAGCGGUUUGCAAACAACACUACGACCGAUAUUAUUAUGCAACGUGUAAGAAUGGGCAAUGGAUCUUCGACGAAGGCCCAUGCACAAACCAACACUACACCAAUAAUCUAUUCGACAACAUAUUCACUUUCGACGCUGACUUCAGUGGUUUAUUCAGCGGAUUUAAUGAUUUGUUUGGCAACCUAUUCAACAGUGGUCCAUCUACAGGCGGGGAUUACAAUAAGUGCGCCUACGACCCAAGGCACAUGAAGGGCGAUUACAGUAGUGGAACUUACAACCAUGGCUACCAGUACAGAGCAGUCUGUGAGGGGUACACCGAUAGAUACUUUUACAUCAUGUGCAAUGAUGGACAAUGGGUGUAUGAAGAAACGACUUGCUCAUCGCCUGGACCGCAUGGUUCAUCGUUUUUCGACAACAUGUCUUCUGCCUUGAGAGAUCUUUUUGGACCUUUCCUUGGUACAGGAGAGCAUCAUGGAGACUACAGUAGCUGUACUUAUAACCCUGUUCAUAUCAGGCCUGACGACGGUGGGAAAACGUUUCGUCACGGACAUCAAUACACCUCUACUUGCGAACAAUAUCCAGGACGACAUUACCAUGGCAUCUGUAAUGAUGGUCGAUGGGUCUUCGAUGAUACGCAUUGCUCAGAAGAUAAAUCUUAUAGCGAGGGUGGGUCGUUUAUGGAAGACUUUGCAUCAAGUUUGAAUAAUAUAUUCAAGCCAUUAACAGGAGGUUAUCAUAAUACACAACGAGGUAGCUACUCAAAUUGCCAAUACAAUCCUACUCAUUUUGCACCCGAGGAUCACGUGAAAACAUUUUAUCACGGAUUCAGCUACCGAGCAGUAUGCAAGGGAUACACUGACCGAUAUUACUAUGGAAAAUGUGAAAGUGGUCAAUGGACUUUCGAUGAAGCAGCAUGCUCAUCCCCACAGCCACAAACAGGGAACGGUCUGUCAGGUUUAUUUGACAAUUUUGCUUCAACCUUUGAUAACUUGUUCAGCCCCCUCACUGGCUCACAAGGUAAUAGAUGUGCUUACAGUCCUAUGCACCACGGAUCUGGAGAUAGCGGAAAAACAUUUUCUCAUGGAUAUAGUUUCAAUGCGAUGUGCAAAGGAUAUACAAACCGAUAUUACAAUGUACGAUGUAACGACGGGCAAUGGAUGUAUGAUGAAAGGCACUGUUCAACAUCAGUUGUCCAUCCUCUGUAAAAUGUGCUCAGAAAUCACUCAAAACAGCAGCAUGACAACAGCAUUACAUUUUUGUUGAAAUGUUGUAGACAGUACUUUGUAUAUGUAUGAUGGCCAUGGGUAAACUUUAUGUACAUUUACCAAUGUCAUCUUUUAUUCUUCGAUAAAUAAGAUGCCUCAGCAUUUCAUAAGGGUUUUAUUGUACUAAUAAUAUCGUUGUCAUUUAUCAUUUUAUGCUUGUUACUGGCUAUUAUUAAAUUCAAAUAUAAGUUAAAUAAUGAACCACAAAACUUAUGUGUACGUAUUUUUACAAUUGCUGCAAGACAGGGGCGUGGUUUUACAGCUUCUAAUUUUAUACUUUCAUAUUAUGGUAGUAAUUUCAUGUUCUGUACCAGGUUGCACGUCAUUUUUACAUCAAAUCAGCCCUCAAUUUGCCUCUGAUCUUAUGAAAAUUGCUUAAUUGUAGAAUUCUCCUUGUUUAUGAAAUUUAAAUGUCGUGUUAUCUACGUACAACCAAUUUUUAUUACUUUGGUAAAAGUGGAGAGAUCGCUUCCUUAU